GCUGGAGCACUGGAUUUGCUGAAAGAGCUUAAGAAUAUUCCCAUGACUCUGGAAUUAUUACAGUCCACAAGAAUCGGAAUGUCAGUUAAUGCCAUUCGCAAGCAGAGUACAGAUGAAGAAGUUACGUCUUUAGCAAAGUCACUCAUCAAAUCCUGGAAGAAGUUACUAGAUGGGCCAUCAACUGAUAAAGAUCCUGAAGAAAAGAAAAAAGAGCCUUCGAUCACAUCACAGAACAGCCCUGAAGCGAGAGAAGAAAGUAGUUCCAGUGGCAACGUCAGCAGCAGGAGGGAGGAGACCAACGCCCGCGACACCUACGUGUCGUCGUUUCCCCGUGCGCCAAGCACGGCCGACUCCGUGCGGUUGAAGUGUCGGGAGAUGCUCGCUGCAGCUCUCCGGACAGGAGAUGACUACAUUGCCAUUGGAGCUGAUGAGGAGGAACUAGGAUCUCAGAUUGAAGAAGCUAUAUAUCAAGAAAUAAGGAAUACAGACAUGAAAUACAAAAAUAGAGUACGAAGUAGGAUAUCAAAUCUUAAAGAUGCGAAGAACCCAAAUUUAAGGAAAAAUGUAUUGUGUGGGAAUAUUCCUCCUGACUUAUUUGCUAGAAUGACGGCAGAGGAAAUGGCCAGUGAUGAGCUCAAAGAGAUGCGGAAAAACUUGACCAAAGAAGCCAUCAGAGAGCAUCAGAUGGCCAAGACGGGAGGAACCCAGACUGACCUGUUCACCUGUGGCAAAUGUAAAAAGAAGAAUUGCACUUACACGCAGGUGCAGACGCGGAGUGCCGAUGAGCCCAUGACGACCUUCGUGGUCUGUAACGAGUGUGGGAAUCGAUGGAAGUUCUGUUGAGUUGGAAGAAUUGGAUCUGGACCAUUAAGAAAAUGGAUUUUGUAAUUAGCUUUAAAACUAGGGCAAGCAAUUAGUUUUCCUGCAAGUCAGGGUUUUAAAAUGACAUACAUCCCACAAAUUAGUUUUUGGAUUUUGAUCUAACAUCCCUUCCUCAAAUGCCUUCUGUAGUUUCACAUGAGUAGGAAAACCAUACGAUAAUUGUAUGAUAUCUGUUUCAAUACUUUUUUUCAUUUUUAUAAGUAAGUUGAUAUUAAUCUUUUCUCAAUUAAACUUUUGACAGUUUAUUUUUAUUUUUUUCUUCUUGAAGUGUUCUUAACUUUUUACAGUCUGAAACAUACAUAGUAGAAAUUGUUGUUCUUUGUUAAUGAAUACAUAACCAGAAGUUACUUUCUUCAUAUUGGCCUGUACCCAGAAAUAAUAGAGGAAGCAAAAAGGUAAAAUAAUUUUAGGUUUACAGAUAUGGUAUGUCUUCAAGUAAUUCUUGUCCAGCUAAUCUAAAUUGUACAUAUUUGAAAUAGUAUCUAAUUUGAUUUUAUUAUUAUGUUCACAAACCUGCAAUAAGAAGAUACCAUUUUGCAUCUGUAACUAACCCUUGCUCAUCACUUCUUGUACGUGUAUAUUACUUGUUCGUAAUAGAUUCUACUUUUGGAAAUACAGCUUUGUUGAAGUCAUUCUGGUUUUAUUGUUUAUUUACCUAUUUGACUUUGUAGUGUAUUUCAGUUUUGCAGAAACUAAAAUAGUGUAGUAGGCUUUCAGAAAUCCUCUCACAGGCAAAGAAUAAAAGCUUCUGACGAUUUUUUCCCUCACAGGAAGACAUCCGGGGAAGAGAUUGUUAGUGCACUGGUAGUGUCAUUAUCGUAAACAGUUCAUGCAUAGGUUUUGAUUUCAAAUCUAUACUGACCAAGGAUUAAGCAUAAAAAUUGUAUGGAUCAUUAAAGCUGUGGUCUUCUCAUACAGAGACUGGUAGAAAGUAUUUUUGUUCGGAGUCGUACUUUUUGUCCUUUUCUGUUAGUGUUUUCCACCUGGACAUGUGGGCUAUACAAGCAGUCUUAGAGCGCAGAUCUGAAGUUAAGUUUUACUUCUGUUUAAGAGUAUGCCGUUCGUUCUGUUAGUAAUAAGAAAGGCGGUUUUCACGGAGUCUGCUGGGUACCGUCGCUGCGGCACAUCCUAACGACCGCCAGCGCGGAGCCUCCAGCCGCCCUGCGGGCUGCGGAGGGCCUCUGUGCACGCUGGCGCUCCGCUCUGCCCUGCCAGCUUCCUGACUGGAAGUCGUCUCGUGGUAACAGCGAGGGUGCCCAGGACCAGGGCCGGCCGUGGGUGCCAGCCCCCCUCCGCUUUGUUAGCUCCCGGGUGAACCGUCUGCUUCGUCGUUGCAAAAAUAAAGUGCAUUUCUGAGAGAAUGGGUUUAAGAAGAAUGAAGUUAAAAUAGUUCGAUUUUUAAAUUAAGUGAUUGAUUUUAAAAUUUGUAAUUCAAUAAAAUUUUGUUGUUGUUAACUGUG